AUGAAUGGCUUUGAAGCUAAGGGUCUCGACGAGGAUGCCUUCGGAGAGAAGAGCACCCUGUCAGGACUGAAGACCUUUGAUGCUUUCCCUAAAACCAAAGCCUCAUACACCACACCAAGCCACCGUGGCGGCCAGUGGACCGUCCUGAUCCUCGCCAUCUGCACGCUGUUCAGCCUGUCCGAGCUGAAAACAUGGUGGCGCGGAACCGAACAACAUCACUUUAGUGUCGAAAAGGGCGUCUCGCACGAGCUGCAACUGAAUCUCGACAUGGUAGUGCACAUGCCCUGCGAUACGCUGCGCGUCAACAUCCAAGACGGCGCCGGUGAUCGCAUCCUCGCCGGCGAACUGCUGAAGCGUGAAGAAACAUCGUGGCAGCUGUGGAUGCAGAAACGCAACUACGAAACACACGACGGCGCGCACGAGUAUCAAACGCUGAACCAUGAGGCGGACGAUCGGGUCAGCGAGCGCGAAGCCGACGCCCAUGUGCACCACGUGCUGGGAGAAGUGCGACACAACCCACGGCGGAAGUUUGCGAAGGGUCCCCGCAUGCGCUGGGGCGAGAAGUCGGAUGCUUGUCGGAUCUAUGGAAGCCUGGAGGGGAAUAAGGUGCAGGGCGAAUUCCAGCUUACCGCACGCGGGCACGGGUAUCGCGAGCUUGGGGAGCAUUUGGAUCACUCUACAUUCAACUUCUCCCACAUGAUCACCGAACUCUCCUUCGGUCCCCACUAUCCCAGUCUACUCAAUCCGCUGGAUAAAACCAUUGCCGAGACUGAAGCUCACUACCACAAAUUCCAAUACUUCCUCUCCGUCGUGCCAACUCUAUAUACCAAGGGACGCAGCGCCCUCGACGCCUACACCGUUGAUCCUACUAGCCACGCCGCCCGGUACGGCCGCAACACGAUUUUCACGAACCAGUAUGCAGCGACCAGCCAGUCGGGUCCAAUCCCGGAGGUACCGUACCUGGUCCCGGGCAUUUUCUUCAAGUACAACAUCGAGCCGAUUCUGUUGCUGGUCAGCGAAGAGCGAACAGGAUUCCUGGCACUGAUGCUCCGGCUGAUCAACGUUGUGUCCGGCGUGUUGGUGACUGGCGGCUGGCUGUAUCAGAUGUCGGGGUGGGCUGGGGAGUUCGUGGGCAAGAGAAGAAGGCAGUCGGAGGGCGUCUUGACGGGGAAGCAUUAUUCGGAUUAA